AUGGAUGAAGAUUCUGGGCUAUGGGAUGUCAUAUGUGAAGGACCAUUUGUUCCUACCAAAAACCUUGGUGACCCACCAGUAGUCAUUCCCAAGACAAGGAAAGAAUUCAAUGAUGCAGAUAGAAAGGCCAUAGAGAAGAACUUUCGUGCUAAGAAAAUUCUGUCAGCCAAAGAAAUCUGGGAAGCCCUGCAGACAGCUCAUGAAGGAACAACACAAGUCAAGAAAUCCAUAAUCGACAUGCUCACAACUGAAUACGAGCUCUUAAAGAUGCAAGACAAUGAAUAUGUCCAAGAAAUGCGUACCCGGUUGACCUCCACCAUUAAUGAGCUUCACUCCCUUGGUGAAACUAUUCCAAGAAACAAGCUGGUCAGAAAGAUCCUAAACGUGCUACCCAGUUCUUGGGAAAGCAAAGUGAAUGCCAUUAUAGAGGCAAAGGACCUGCAGGAGCUAACUAUUGAUGAACUUGUUGGCAAUCUAAAGACAUAUGAGAUGAAAAAGAAGAAAGACAGCGAAAUAAGAGAGCCCAAGAAGGAGAAGAACCUGGUCCUCAAAACAGAAAACAACGAGUCAAGUGCCAAAAGGAACCUGGUUCCUAAUAGACGCUUCAAUAGAAAAAACGCCGCUGACAAUGUUGUGAAACAAGCUCUUGCUGCACGGGGAGAUUCAUCAAGCGAAUCUGGAGAAGAUGAUGAACCAGGUAAUAGCUUUAUGAUGGUAGUAGAAAGUGAAUCAACCGAGUAUGAUUCAAUUUUUGCUUUGAUGGCCCAAUCUGACGAUGAAGAUGACGAUGAUGAUGAUGAGAAACUCAUGUCUUUGGAAAAUGUGCUAAUCCAUGCUUAUCAUAGUCUUGUAAAUGACAGAGAUGUCUUAACAGUUGAACUAGGAGAAGCAGAACAGUCUAGAGAUGACCUAGUAAUAGUUGCAGUCGAUCUAAGAGAGUCAAUUGAGAACCUGAAGAAAGUAAGAAAUGUCUUAAAGAAAAGGAUUAAAAAUGUAGAACAAGAAGAUGACCUUCUUGUGGUAGUAAUGGACUUGAAGGAAACCAUUGGGAAACCUACAAUGAAAAGUAGGGAUGAAAGUUAUCAAAAAGGAAAGGAAGUUGCAAGGAACAAUGAAAGGAAGCAACCUACAACGGUACAUGGAUAG